GUUAUUAGCUAACGCUUCGCUCCUCCAUACGGCUGACAGCGGUAGAGUGCAGAAGAAGAAGAAGAGGAAAAAGAAGAAGAAGAAGUUGUUUUUCAACGUCACUUCCUGUCGGCUGAAGCGUGCUGCGUGCUGAAGGAAAAUGGCAGCGGACAGCAGAACUGAAGACUACCCCCAUGAGAUAGACGACCAGCUCACUGGAUUCGACUCCUCAGUUUCUUCUGUCAAAUCCAUGUUGGAUAAGUUGAUGUCGAUGCCCAGAAAUGAGCUGCUGCAAAAGCUGGACCCUCUGGACCAAGCCAAGUUGGAUCUGAUGUCUGCCUACACCCUUAAUUCAUUAUUCUGGAUGUACUUGGUUACACAAGGAGUAAAUCCCAGAGAACAUGGAAUCAAACAGGAAUUGGAGCGAAUAAGGACGUACAUGAACAAAGUGAAAGAGAUCACAGACAAGAGGAAAGCUGGCCGUCUGGAUAAGGGGGCGGCUGCACGCUUUGUCAGGAAUGCUCUCUAUGAACCAAACGAGAAAGAUCCUAGAAAAAAAGCAGCGGUCAAGAAAGCAGCAGACACAACACCUGACACCACACAGUCAAAGCGUUCAAAACAGAGCUGAAGCAAAAGACAGUGCAGCUGUACAGACGGUCCCACUAGAUUUUUGGACCACUUUUUUGGGGACAACAAACACUCUUCUUAGGUUGUUUCAUGGAGGAAUCAUACAAGGCAACAUGAGACUACACAAAGGUGUUUGCUCACCAGUCAAACAGCCUGUCAAGGCUAACUGCCAUCCAAGAUUUUACUGAAGAUUUUUAUGGAGACUGAUGAUGGACACUGCACCAGAAUUUAAUGAUUUAGUGCUGUGUUAUUUUUGUAGCUUUACUUCAUUUUUGAGUUUUUGAGUGUAAAUCUGCAGGGCACCAUAAACAAAUCCAGUUUUAUUUUAAAAAGGUGAGUAAAAACAUAGUUUUGGGUUUGUAAUCUGUCAUUUACCAUUAUCCUUCUUUUAGAUAAACAAGAAAUGUUAAAAAAAAAUUUUGUUAAUUUUUCUGUUUUGAAGCAGCUUGUGUGUUUUAUCACACCGUGCCAUGUGUCAAACUUUGUAUUGAUCAAACAGUUGUAGAGCUGUAUUGGUUUUGGGACUGACUUCUGUAUAAAAAAAGAUACUCACCAAACAUGA